AUGUCUCUCGCCAGCUCUCGUCACGUCGCCGCCGUCGCGCCAUCUGCGAGACCAAGGAUCCCGCUGCUUUCGAGGACUGGAUCGGAUGAAAGAGAUUGGGACACAAAAACUGAUUAUAUGCAAGUUGAGCAUACUUGGCCAGCAAGCUACGCCUCUGGGAACACAACAGCUUGGGAGUCUGAGAAUGACUGGCCCAUUGCUGAGUUGAUGGCGGACAUGUACCAGGCGCUGGAUCGGCUGGAAUGCACCAGCACUGGAGACAAGAGUCCGAGUGGAGGUUUUAUUCUGCGGCAUAGUCUUGACACCCAGUUGUCGCGCUUCCAUCUAUCGACCUCUGAGUCCUCCAUGGAAUCAUGGAGUCCAUCACUGCGAAACUAUGGAUCCCCACCACCCUCAUACGAUGAAUCGGUUGCAGAUAUGCCCCCAGACUACACUUCCACCAAUGCGCUAGCAUUUGCGAAAACGCCUGAUUCUUCACCGUUUCCUUCUUUCCGCGCCUCAUUAUGCUCUAGUGUCAAUCAUUUGCGCAAACACAACACUUCAUCUCCAAAGUCUUCAUUCCUCCUCGAUGUGAAAUCUCCAUAUGUGGACAUCGACUUUGGCUAUAGUGAUACCGGCAUCAGAUCGCACGCGAAGAAAGCCAAGAAAGCAACAGCUAAGAAACCGGCGGCAGCACCUCCACCAGCGGACGACAGCAAAGGAGAGGAAGCUGGUGGUGGCAAUAAUGGUGGGGGUGACCCGCCUGCCGAUAGCGGGGCUGGAGGCGACGGUGGCGACGGGGAUAAGGGGAAGAAAAAGACCAAAAAGGAGAAGGAGGAAGAAGAGCGCUUGAAGAAGGAAGAGGAGGAGCGUGCGAAGAAAGAGGAGGAAGAGCGUCUUGCGAGGGAAGAAGAGGAACGCUUACAAAAGGAGGAGGAAGAGCGUCUUGCGAAGGAGGCUGAAGAAGAAGCCGAGCGCAAGAAGAAGGAAGAGGAAGAAGCAGCCGCUGCAGCUGCAGCGAAACCGUCGAUAUUAAGUGCCACCUCAGGUUUAAGCUGGGGAAAGGAGCCAGCUUCAAACACAGAUGACUGGGCAUCUUUUGGCGCGGCCGCUCCCGGCAAGAAGAAGAAGGGCAAAAAGGGGAAGGCCGAGCCCGCACCCCCGCCUCCUCCUGACCCUCCAGCGGAACCGCCGACAACAUUCGACGACAUUAUUCUUGACGAAGGAAGCGCUCCAAAGAUUGACAUGAAUUUCAGUGAUACAGGCGAAAAGAAAUCUGGAUUUGGGCUUCCUGGACUUAGCAGUUGGACUUCUGGUUGGGGCUCAUCGAACAAAGAGGCUAGUGCUGAAAGCGACAAUCCUUGGGGUUCUUCAGAUAAGAAGAAGAAGGAUGAUGGUUUCGACUUCGACUUCGAUGCGUUCAAGAGCCCCCCAGCUGAGGAGAAGCCUGCUGAAGAUGGCGGAUGGGGUGGCUUAGGCGCCACGACCAAGGUCAAGAAGAAGAGCAAGAAAGGGGCCUUGAUUGACGACAGUGUACCGGAAGUUCCUCCUCCACCGCCAGAGCCUGAGAAGAAAGAGGAGGACGACUCAUGGGGAGCAUUCAGCUUUGGUGGCACCGCAAAGGACAAGAAGAAAAAGAAGAAGGGAGGGGUUGAGGAAGAGGCUCCACCACCUGAGCCAGAACCGGAACCUGUCGUCGAUGAACCGUCACCUGUCAAAGAAGAGGAUUCAUGGGGUGGUGGAUGGGGAGCGGCUGCUGCUGGUACCAAGAAGAAGAAAGGUAAGAAAGGAGCCAAGGAAGAACCGCCUCCCGAACCAGAACCGGAACCGGAGCCUGAGCCCGUACCCGAACCUGAGCCGGAACCUGAGCCCCCAAAGGUAGAGGUAGAUCCUUAUGCAGGGCUUAGUAAGUCACAAGCGAAGAAACUCAAGGCCAAAUUGGACAAAGAGGCGAAGUUGAAGGAAGAGGAAGAUGCGAAGCGCCAAAAAGAGGAGGAAGAGGCUGCUGAGAUCAGACGACAGGAAGAAGAAGAGGCAGAACGGCUACGCUUAGAAGAGGAGGAAGCGGAGUUGAAGAGGAUGGAAGAGGAGGAAGCUGCCGCUGCCGCCGCCGAAGCCGAGAAGAGCAAGAAAGACGACCUCUGGGGCGAUUGGGGUGGUGCUGCUCCGACGACGUCCAAGAAGAAGAAAAAGAGCAAGAAAGGUGCAGAAGAAGAAGCUCCGCCUCCUCCACCACCUCCGCCUGAGCCCGAAGUCGAGCCUGAGCCUGCUCCUGAGGAGAAGCCCGCCGACCCUUGGGACGAUUGGGGCUCAGCAGCCCCUAUCACGAAGAAGGGAAAGAAGAGCAAGAAGGGAGUCAUUGAACCGGUCGUCGAGGAGCCGCCACCACCGCCAGAACCGGAGCCUUCCCCACCACCAGAAGAAGAGAAGGGGUCCGACUGGGGUCUGAGUUCAAUCUGGGGCGGAUCGAAGAAAAAGAAAAGGAACCAGUCGGUCGAGUUAGACGCGUUUCCUGCAGCUUCACCAGAGCCUGUCAUCGAAGAACUCGCUUCCGUUCAUCAACCCGAAGAUGUCGAAGAGCCCAAAGAAGACGAAUCUGACGACUGGGGCGCACCAUCUUGGAGCAAGAAAAAGAAGAAGGACCCAAAGAAGGACGCGCCAGUAGAAGUCAUUGAGGACACCAUGACACCUGUUCAAAAACCAGAUGAGGACGACCCUUGGGGUAGCGCAGCUUUCAAUAUCGGGAAGAAAGCAAAGAAGGGUAAGAAGGGGCUCGUUCCGCCUAACGUGCCCACGCCCCCGGGAGAGUUUGAUGGAGACUUUCCGGCACCCAAAGAAAUUGAAGCUCCUCCGCCAGCUGAGGACGAAGAUAUCUGGGGUGCUGCUGCCAAGGUAUCCUCAAAGAAGAAGGGCAAGACCGUGGGCAGUCUUCUUAGCAAAUUUGAGCCUCAAGCCCCUGCUCCAACCGACACCUUCGAGGAUCUCAUAUCGCUUGACGAACCACCACCAGCUGAAGAACCAGUUGUGGAAGAACCGCCCAUUGAAGAGAAGAAGAAGAGUAAGAAAGAAAAAGAAAGCUCAAAGUCAAGCAGCAUGUGGGGCUCUCUGGGCGGCUCCAAAGUGCCAAAGAAGGAAACUUCCUUGGAAAAGAGAGCGCGAGAGAAACGUGAGAAGAAGGAGCGGGAAGAGCAGGAGCGUCUAGAACGGGAGGCUGCUGAGAAAGAGGAAGAGGAGCGUCUCGCCCGUGAAGCUGAGGAGGCGGCUGCAGCUGAACAGGCACGUAUCGAGGCUGAAGCUGAGGCAGCACGCAUAGCAGAAGAAGAGCGACUAGAGGAGGAGCAGAGGAAGCGCGAGGAGGAGUCAGCAGCGUCAAAGCUCGCAGGCUGGGGCGCUAGUAUCUGGGGCGGAGGAAAGAAGAAAGAAUCCACCAGAGAGAAGAGACUCCGUGAGAAGAAAGAGGAGGAAGAGCGUUUGGCGAAGGAAGCUGCUGAACAAGCAGAGAGGGAGCGUCUCGAGCGUGAGGAAGAAGAGCGUCUUCAGCGCGAAGAAGAGGAACGCUUAGAACAGGAACGCCUUCAGCGUGAAGAAGAGGAACGUAUCGCGGCAGAAGAAGCUGAGCGUGCUGCUGAAGAAGAACGGCAGCGUAUUGAGGCUGAAGAACUUGAGGCAGCACGUAAGGCCGCGGAAGAGGAAGAAGCUCGUCGUAUCGCUGAGGAGGAAGCCAAGGCAAGUUCUGGAUGGGGCAUGUUUGGUCUGGGUAAGAAGAAGGAGUCGACGAAGCAGAAGCGUGAGCGAGAGGCCAAGGAAAAGAAGGAGCGUGAAGAGAAGGAGCGGCUAGAACGUGAAGCUAGAGAAGCCGCUGAAGCCGCCGAGGCCGCCGAAGCUGAAGCAAUUGCAGCCGCAGCCGCAGAGGAGGAAGCGCGUCUUGCGAAGGAGGCUGAGGAAGCCGAGUUUGCUCGCAUUGCUGCUGAACAGGACAUGGUCCUCGAGCCUGAGCCGCCAGUUUCCUCGAAAGAGAAGAAGAAGAAAAAGAAGAGGGGGAUUGUUGAAGAACUCCCUCCACCUCCUCCGCCUCCACCCGCUGAGCCUACGAACGAUGACGACUUGUUUGAUCUUAUCAAGGAUGAAGAUGCGGGCGAGCUUUUGGCUGAACUCGAGAAGCCCACUAGGAAAGAACAGAAGGCCGCAGAAACAGGCUGGGGUAGCGCAUGGGGUAUCUCUCUCCGCAAGACGAAGCCUGAACCGGCACCCGUUAUUCCCGACCCUGAACCGGAGCUAGAACCAGAACCUGAGAUGGAUGAGAUGGACGAGCCUGAAGAGCCUCCAGAGGAGCCGGAGCCGGAGCCAGAGGUCAUCGAGGAACCUCCGCCACCAAAACUCACGCCCAAGGAGGAGCGAAGACUCAAAAAGUCCAAGAAACAUCGACACGCCGAGCCCGAACCGGAACCGGAGCCGGAGCCAAUCGUCGAAGAACCUGAACCUGAACCUGAACCCGAACCUGAACCGGAGCCUGAACCGGAAGUGGUCGUGGUGGUCGAAAAACCCAAGAAGAAGCUUUCGUCCAAGGAGAAGAAAAAACUGGAAGAAGAGAAGCUGAAAGAGGAGAAACGACUGAAGAAGCUCAGGAAGAAGGGGAUAGUAGAAGCUCCGCCUCCGCCUCCCCCUGAACCCGAAGCUGAACCUGAACCUGAACCUGAGCCAGAGGAAGAGGUACCUGCCGAGAGGUCGCCUGGAGUUGGUGCAUUCCCUGAUGACGAUGACGAUAUGAUGGACUUUGCUGAUGCGCAGGAGCCGCCACCAGAGGAGCCUGCAGAACCAGAACCCGAGCCUGACGUUGAGCCUGAGCCAGAGCCAGAACCUGAGCCAGUUUCCAUUCUCCAGCAGUUGCAGAAGCUGAAAAAGACCAAGAAGAGCAGCAGAUCGAGGGGCAUGACAUUUGACGACCCUCCACCUCCACCGCCGCCUCCAGAACCAGAGGCUGAACCGGAGCCGGAGCCAAUUGUGGAAGAGGAAGAGCCUGAACCAGAUCCGGAAGAUGAACCUGAACCUGAACCAGAGCCAGAGCCUGUUGUAGUGGUGCCUGAGAAGAAGCCCAAGAAAUCUAAGAAAAGCAGCAAGUCAUAUAGGCGCCAUACAGAGCCUGAACCUGAACCUGCACCUGAGCCGGAACUGAUCGUUGAAGAACCUGCUGAAGAUGCAGAUCCGGGUGACAUGGAUGACGAAGAUGCAGACGUUAAACUUCCUACGCCACCUCCAGAAUCUCCAAGAAAGGAGCGCGCUAAGCUGGGUCGCAGUGCUACCACAGCUGGAGGCUGGGGCCUCUUUGGUGCAGCCAAAACUUCCAAGACUAGGAGAGUAUCCGGUGGUGAAGAAGGCGCAGGCAAGCCUGAUAUGCCACGCACAAAGUCUGCGCGAACCUCGUCUACUCGGGACAACGAUAUGAAGUCACGAUCAUCAGGCUCAAAUGAAGUGCACAUGUCUAAGCCAACAGUAUCACGUUCCAAGCCAACACGCGCUGCUACCGGACUAGGUGCCAUGUUUGGUGUUGCGGCGCCGCCCCCGCCUUCGCGCUCAAAGUCGCAUCGCACCAAGACGUUAUCGCGCCGACCUUCAAUUGAGCAGGACGCUGCCAUGAUGUCGCCGCCACAAACAGAUACCGACGCGAGGGUGUCUUCAAAGGCCGCCAAGAUGAUGGGUAUGAAAAGCUCGUCGCGCAGGACCAGUACAAGGGACGCCAGAGACAAGGGCAGGUCUUCUCGAGCUGUUCCAGACCCAUAUCCUGUAGACGAUGACCAAGAUCUCGACGAUGAGUCUCCUCCCCCAGCAACCCGUCCAGAACCAUCGCGUCGCAAAUCUAAGCGCGACUCAGCGCAACCCCUCGAGCCCGUGACUGCGCCGCCUAGCGCUGACGAUCCUAUCAUUGUCGACCCUAUGGACCUGGACCCUGUCCCAGCUGAAGCUGAACGGCCCCGCCGCGAACGAGAGCGGGAGCGACCUCGCCGUGCGCGCGGCAACUCUGAUGCCAUCAACACGCUUGCUGGUGUCGCAGGCACUGCUGCAGCUGUAAAAGGCUUCAAGGGAAUGUUUGGCCUCGGUCGCAAGAAGACUGCGCCGGCUGAAGAGGCACCCCGCGAGCGCCGUCGUACCGCCUACGAGACCGAAGACGAGCGCAGACAUCGCAAACGAUCAACAACUCGCGGGGGAGCAACAGAAGAUGAGGCAAAGCGAUUGCGACACGAGCGCCGCAGCUUGCGCAAUCCUCCCCCCGAAGAUAUCAUGAUGUCCGGCGCGAAUGGCACUCCUGACGAUUAUGAUGCGGAACGAGAGGCAAGACGAGCUGAGCGUAGGGCCAAGCGCGAUGCAGAGAAAGGAUCUCGACGUGCUGAGCUCGAAGAAGCAGAGGCUAAGGCAGAACGCCGCCGCGAGCGUCAGCGUGAGAAUGAACAAGCGACUCUUGCAGAGAAGAAGGCUCGCCAAAUGGCCGAGUUGGAGCGGCGCAACCAGGAAGCCGAGGAGCAACUGCGCCGCAUGGCGGAGAAGGAGGAACGAAAGAAAGCACGAGGCGGAGACGAACGAGAGCGCGAGAAGCGUUCUUCGCGCCGCAAAGAAAAAGACCGCGAAGAGCCCCGUCCAAAGACCGAACGCCGUCGAACAACACACGUGGACGAGGAUGCAGAACGCCGUCGUCGUCACGAAGAACGCCGCGCUGCUAGACGCAACUCCGACUACCCAGUGCAAGCUAGCGGCGAGCCUAUCACUGACUAUUUCGACGAGCGCAACGGCGCAAGGCGUUCAAAACAUCGCAGUUCGCGCCAGGCUCCCGAGGAAGAGAACAUGCCGUACAUCAAUAACAAGAGCGGCGAUAAGACCUCCUCUUGGGUCGAGUCUCUCGCCGAAGAGCCACCCCUCCCUCCACCCAUCUCCGAAACAGUUCUCGAUCCCGCCCCGGGCACCCGUGAGGAGCUCGAUGACGAAGAAACUUUCUCCCAAGACGAAGACGUCCGCCUGCGUAUCGCCGGCCGCAGGGGACCAAAGCGCGACAAAGAGCGCGCCGAACGCCGCAAAGCUGAAGACAAGGAACGUGACCGCGACAGGUCACACAAACAUAGUCGAAGGGCGACGCACUAUGAAGGCAUGAAGGUGCCAGAAGAGGAGGUGGAGAGAAAGAGGACCUCGCGCAGGACGAGCUAUGCGCCUGCGUAUGAAGAGCUGCCCGUUCGUACUUGGGAUGGCAGACCAGCCGUUAAUGGCGGUGCGCCUGCUGCCAAGAGGGGAAGUUGGAUGAAGAAGUUCUUCUAA